GACGCUAAGGCAACGCCCCGCAACCAAAUUUGACCGGCACGUGGAUCAAUCUAAUUCGUAAUCUAUUUCAAUAUUAAAGAAACCCACUAGAUUUGGGAGAGCUAGAUCUUUUGAAGAAUAAUGGAGGAAUAUUCCGGCGAGGUUAAGCCCCACGCCCUCUUCGUGGCUAUCCCCUUCCAAGGCCACUUCACGCCCUCCGCCAACCUCGCAGUCCUGCUCGCCGCCCGGGGUUUCAUCGUCACCUUCGUCACCACCGAAGCCUUCCACCAGCAGAUCCUCGCCUCCAGCGUCACCGGCGCCGAUGUCUUCGCCGGCGCUCGCUCUCGCGGCCUCGACAUCCGCCACGAGCUCGUUAGCGACGGCCGCCUCCAGUCCCCCGCCAAAGACGAGCGGCCACUCCACAACCUCGCCUUCGCCCUUCUCCACCUCAUGUCCCCCCACGUCGAGCAGCUGAUAAUGAAGCUCUCAGCCGGCGGCGACGGAGAUACCCCCGUCGACGUACUCGUCGCCGACUCCUACUUCGUGUGGCCCUCCACCUUGGCCAAGCGCUUCGGGAUCCCCUACGUCUCCUUCUGGACCGAGCCGGCCCUCGUCUUCGCCCUCUUCUACCACCUUCCCCUGCUCCUGCCACCGCCGGAGGACCGCACCGCAACCAUCACCCGCGUGGGCCGUAUCCCCGGCGUGCCGGCGAUCGAGCCGAGAGACCUCGUCUCCUUCUUCCACACCCCCGAGGCCUCGUCGCUGACGCUCCAAAUGAUCGGGAAGGCGUUCGAGGAGGCGAAGGCUGCCGACUUCGUGCUCUGCAACACCGUCGAGGAGCUCGAAGCCGGCACCGUUGCGGCGCUGCAAGAAUACUACUCCGGCGCCCGUUUCUACUCCAUCGGCCCCAUCACGGACUUCUCCGGCGGCGCAAUCUCAACGAGCAUCUUCCCGGCGUCGGACAGCUCCCGAUGGCUGGACGCGAUGCCGCCGCGCUCAGUGCUCUACAUCUCUUUCGGCAGCGCAGUCCAAGUGAGCAAAAGGGAUUUGAAUGAGAUCGCCGGCGGCGUGUUAAGCAGCGGAGUCAGAUUCCUGUGGGUGCUUCGGCAUGGAUCAGAGCAGCUCCCGGAGGGAUUCGAGGAGGCGAGCCUCGGGCGGGGAUUGGUGGUGCCGUGGUGCCGGCAGAGGGAGGUGCUGCUCCACCCGGCGGUGGGCGGGUUCUUGACGCACUGCGGUUGGAACUCGGUGUUGGAGAGCAUGUGGUGCGGCGUGCCGAUGCUCUGCUUCCCUCAGGCGGCGGACCAGCCGACGAACAGGAAGCUGGUGGUAGAGGUGAGGGCGGGAAUCGAUAUCGGCGGCGCCGGUGAGGUCGUCAGGGCGGAGGUGGCGAAGGCGAUCGAUGGAUUGAUGGGCGGCGAGGUGGGAGGUGAGGUGAGGAGGGAGAUGGAGAGGGUGAGGAAGGUUUUGGUGAGUGCAGUGGCUCCAGACGGUUCAUCUUCCAGGAACAUCACUCGGUUUGUCGAAGAACUGACCAGAGACUUGUCGGAGAAGAAGAUUCGGAGUUAGCCUAUGUCAGCUGCGGGAUCCAUUUCUUUCAUUACUGCUAUAUUCUUAUAUUGACUUUACUAUUUGAAUUUAGAAGAUAUUGUCCACUUUUAUUUUUCAAUAUUCUUGAUGCUAUGUCAUUCCAGAUAUUUCAAGAAAUAAAAAAUUUCAAUAUUCUUAUGC